AUGGCGUCGUUCGCUGUGUACGGUGCGAGGCUGGGGGUCGUGCGGACCGGCGGCUCGGCGCGAUGUGGCGGGGAGCGGAGGAGUGGGGUGGACUUGCCGUCGGUGCUCUUCAGGAGGAAGAACGCCUUCUCUCGUACCGUUCUGAGCUGCGCUGGUGCUCCUGGAAAGGUGCUGGUUGUGGAGGAGAAGGCAUACUACUCAUCAGCAGCUCAAGCAACCUCAGCAGCGGCUGAAGCAAGCUCAGAAGCUGAAGCUGAGGAGAAGCCUGAGCCCUCAGAAGUGAUUGAAGGCACUGAUGAAACCGAUGAUAUUGAUGGCGCAGGCAUGACAGCCAAAGCACCCCUCGUGGAGGAGAAACCACGAGUUAUCCCACCACCAGGAGAUGGCCAGCGAAUACAUGAGAUUGACCCAAUGCUGGAAGGAUUUUGGUGUCACCUUGACUACCGAUACAGUGAAUAUAAGAGAAUGCGUGCGGCUAUUGAUCAACAUGAAGGUGGUUUGGAUGCAUUUUCACGCGGGUACGAAAAGCUUGGAUUUACCCGCAGCGCUGAAGGUAUCACUUACAGAGAAUGGGCUCCUGGAGCAUACUCUGCAGCAUUAGUAGGUGACUUCAACAACUGGAAUCCAAAUGCUGAUGCUAUGACCAGAAAUGAGUAUGGCGUUUGGGAGAUUUUCCUGCCUAAUAAUGCUGAUGGUUCCCCUGCUAUUCCUCAUGGCUCACGUGUAAAGAUACGGAUGGAUACACCAUCUGGUGUGAAGGAUUCCAUUCCUGCGUGGAUCAAGUUUUCUGUCCAGGCUCCAGGUGAAAUACCAUACAAUGGUAUAUAUUAUGAUCCACCUGAAGAGGAGAAAUAUGUAUUCAAACACCCUCAACCUAAGCGGCCAAAGUCACUGCGGAUAUACGAAUCACAUGUUGGAAUGAGUAGCCCGGAACCAAAGAUAAAUACGUAUGCUAACUUCAGAGAUGAGGUGCUGCCAAGAAUUAAAAGGCUUGGAUACAAUGCAGUACAGAUAAUGGCAAUCCAGGAACACUCUUAUUAUGCAAGCUUUGGGUACCAUGUUACAAAUUUUUUUGCACCAAGUAGCCGUUUUGGGACUCCAGAGGACCUAAAAUCUCUGAUUGACAAAGCGCAUGAGCUUGGCUUGCUAGUGCUCAUGGAUAUUGUUCAUAGUCAUGCAUCAAAUAAUACCUUGGACGGUUUGAAUGGUUUCGAUGGCACUGAUACACAUUACUUCCAUGGUGGUCCACGGGGCCAUCAUUGGAUGUGGGAUUCUCGCCUAUUCAAUUAUGGGAGUUGGGAAGUUUUGAGAUAUCUGCUGUCAAAUGCAAGAUGGUGGCUUGAAGAAUAUAAGUUUGAUGGGUUUCGAUUUGAUGGGGUGACCUCCAUGAUGUAUACUCACCAUGGAUUACAAGUGGCAUUCACUGGGAACUAUGGUGAGUAUUUUGGAUUUGCCACUGAUGUUGAUGCAGUAGUUUACCUAAUGCUGGUAAAUGAUCUUAUUCAUGGGCUUUAUCCAGAAGCUGUUUCCAUUGGUGAAGAUGUCAGCGGAAUGCCUACGUUUUGUAUUCCUGUCCAAGAUGGUGGUGUUGGUUUUGAUUAUCGCCUUCAUAUGGCUGUCCCAGACAAAUGGAUUGAACUUCUGAAGCAAAGUGAUGAAUAUUGGAAAAUGGGUGAUAUCGUGCACACCUUAACAAAUAGAAGGUGGCUAGAAAAGUGUGUCACUUAUUGUGAAAGUCAUGAUCAAGCUCUAGUUGGUGACAAGACAAUUGCAUUCUGGUUGAUGGAUAAGGAUAUGUAUGAUUCAAUGGCUCUGGACAGGCCUUCAACACCUCAAAUCGAUCGUGGGGUAGCAUUACAUAAAAUGAUUAGGCUUGUCACAAUGGGUUUAGGAGGUGAAGGCUAUCUAAAUUUCAUGGGAAAUGAGUUUGGGCAUCCCGAAUGGAUAGAUUUUCCAAGAGGUCCUCAAAGUCUUCCAAAUGGCUCUGUCAUUCCUGGGAACAACUGUAGCUUUGAUAAAUGCCGUCGUAGAUUUGACCUUGGAGAUGCAGAUUAUCUUAGAUAUCGUGGUAUGCAAGAGUUUGAUCAGGCAAUGCAGCACCUUGAGGGAAAAUAUGAAUUCAUGACAUCUGAUCACUCAUAUGUAUCACGGAAACAUGAGGAGGAUAAGGUGAUCAUCUUCGAGAGAGGAGAUUUGGUCUUUGUGUUCAACUUCCACUGGAGCAAUAGCUAUUUUGAUUAUCGUGUUGGUUGUUUCAAGCCUGGGAAGUACAAGAUCGUGUUAGAUUCUGACGAUGGCCUUUUCGGUGGAUUUAGUCGGCUUGAUCAUGAUGCUGAGUACUUCACUGCUGACUGGCCGCAUGACAACAGGCCGUGUUCUUUCUCGGUCUAUGCACCCAGCAGAACAGCCGUCGUAUAUGCACCUGCAGACCAGUCCGCACUUCCUUUCCUACGAAGUCUCCAAACUGAUAAACAACCGGCUGGUGAACAAAACACUCUCCGCCCAAACCUCCGCAAAAUCCCGGCGGCGAGAUGGCAACUAAACACGCCGCAGCUCACUGUCACUGAUGCGAUGUCGGCGGCGAGACCAGUCCGCACUUUAUCAGCAACCUCCCGUUUGAGCUCCUCUCUGCGAUCAUCUCCCCCAAACCUCGAUACCGCCGAGGCCGCGCGCGAUGUCGCCGUGCUUUAUCAGCAACCUCCCGUUUGGCGCGACGCGUGGCGUGGGACCCGCGCACCGCCGCCCCGACGACCGACGCGAGCUUCCCGCCGCGCCCCUCGCCCUUCCCGCAUCGCCCGCGCUCCAUCGCCCGCGCGUCGGCGUCGGGGAGCACCCUGGGCGGCGCGCGCCGACACCGUCUCCCUCGCGCUCGCCUCCCACCCGGGCCCUGUCGCGCGCUUCCGCCUCGCCCGCACCACCCUCCGCGCCCGCGUCCCCGCCGCGGAGGCCUGGUUCCGCAGCCUCACGGCCGGCUCCCGCCGCGCCCGCGAGGUCUCGCUCAUCUGCCCGCCCGAUGGCGAGUGGUACCACCGCGCGCUCGCCGACCCACUCCUCACCUCCGCCACGCUCGAGACCCUCGCCCUCGGCGAGUGUCGCUUCUCCGACGCCGGGGCCGCCGCCGCCUCCGCAUCCCGUCUCACGGACCUCUCCCUUUCUCGCACCCACAUCUCCGAGGCUGCACUCCAGAGCCUGCUAUCUGGCUGCCCCGCGCUGCGUAACGUCAUCUUCAGGCACAUCCAGGGCCCCCGCCGCAUCCGCAUCACUUCUUGCCGCAGCCUCGUGCUGUUCGGUGUGUGGCAUUACAAGCACCUAGAGGAGCUCACCGUCGAGGACGCCCCGCGCCUGGAGUGUCUGCUCGGCGACGUGCAUCUGGGAGCGUCGGUCACCAUCAUCGGCGCGCCAAAGCUUACUGCUUUAGGCUAUCUGGUGGUUGGUUUCUGGAAUUUCUUCCACGGCAUCGACAAGCCUGCUGUUGAGGAGAAGGUUAACAAGGGACUGCGUACUCCUUUCAAUAGCGUGAAGAUUCUAGCUAUAAGCAUGACAUUCUCGAGCAAGAAGGACAUGGCGACGGUGAUGAACUUGCUCAAGUGCUUUUCCUUCCUGGAGACAUUGCAUAUCCAGGGCAAGCCCGGGAAACGCCAGGUUGACACAAUUGACUUCGCCACUACCAGAAGAAUGAACCCAUUGGAUGUGCUGCAGAUCAUGAAGAUUCAAUCUGCCAUGUCCAACACCCCUGCAUGGAUUACUGAACAGCAAAAUCUCAUUCAAUGCCACAGGGCCUCUGUGGAAGCCAAAGUCGUGUUCGAGGGCCUGAAAGUUGUCCAUCGCAAGAGGUUCAGUAUAGAGGCUGUGAAUGCUCUACCUGACCCCUUUGAUAGUGAUAUCGGCAUCAUGGGCUACUAA